AUGGUGGGCGCGCAGGGCCCCAGAUGGAGCACAGCGACGAGGGCUUUGGGUAGUUUGAUAACCUGUGCUGCUACGCCGCGAGCCGAAGUCCGAGAAGCUGGGGUGUCCAGGAUUCUGCUGGAGACGAGCUCGGACCGGCUGCUAGAGGAGGAUCGGAGGGCAGGCGUCUCGGUGGAUGUCACCAUGACCGGCGGAGACUGCUUCUGGCUCCGGUCCAUUGAAGGAAGGUGCCUCAAUCGGGCCAAUGGGGCUCCACGGCGGCGCGUGGAGUACAAGUGGGAUGGAGGCACUUGCGACGACUGGGAGCUUGUCGCUGCUUCUUGCUUCAAGGACUCUGCCGCCAAUGCUGGACGGAAGAAGGAGCUCGAGCUCAAUUGCGGGAGGGGCUUCCAUCAAAAAAAUGACAAGGUCUAA